AAUAGCUUUUACCACUACACAAGUAGUAGUAUUUGUAACAAUUACUUUAGAUUGUGAUAAUGUCGGAUCUAACACAGCUGCUCCUCCAGCGUGGCAUUGGGGCCAUUCUGUCCAGCAUGGGGGGCGGUAAACUGAAGGGCGGCCAAGCUGCUGAGCUGAAGAAGACGCCUCCUAAGGUGAAUGCGGCCAAGCCCAAGCCAGCGCCGCAAGAAAGGCAGGGGUUUGAUGUGAGUUCCACGGCAGAGUUUACUGGCUGGGGGGACCUUAAGCCCGAGCCGCCGGCCAGCGUCGACGCCGACGACAAGAAAAACGCGACUGAACCAACUAAGGUUAAAGAGGAAUUAAAAGAAGAAAAGGACAAUGUUGCUGGAGAAAAAAAUAAAUAUUAUAAUCAACAAGCAGCGCCCCUCCAUCGUGGUGUAGGAACUCUGCUCUCAAACUUGGGCAGCUUAAAGAAUCUCAAUGGUGGCAACAAACAACAACAACCACAACAACAACAACAACCUAAUAAAAUCAACAGGAACAACAGACAAAUACAAAAGGAAGUCAUGGGAUUUGACCUAAAUCUUGGAUCAGAAUUCUCCGGUUGGGGAGACAUUUCUGAGAAUAGGGGUGCCAACAUGCCUCCUGGGGCAACGGGUGCCAACAUGCCUCUCGGGGCAACGGGUGCCAACAUGGAACCUGUCAAACUACACCCAAUGAUGAACCAGCGAAGGAACAACUAUAAUAGAGAAAAUGCUAAUACGGGCAAAGGACCACAACAAAGAAAUCGUGGGUUUCAACAGAAUUCGUUGAUGGGAGAAUACCCGGUCCCAGGGAUGGCUGCUAACAACACUCCUUGGGGCACACAACCACCAAGAGAUGGCAGCACUGACAGAGCAGGAUUUAAGCGUGACGCACCUGAAGGACUUGACCGGGAGAACAAGAGGCACAGGCAAGAUGGAGAUUUUAACGUUAAAGAAAUGACUAAGUGGAGCGACACUUUGGAGUACAAUGAUGAUGAAGAGAGUGUGUACAUUGCUGAUGAAAAUAGGAGAUUAGCCGAAGAAUACGGUUCUUUCGUGACGGUAAAAAUCCUCAAAGACCAGGGAGGAAAGAUGGGAUACUAUUGUGAGCUUUGUUUUGCGGAAAUGAAUGCAAAGAAGUCAUUGGAGCUUCACUGCGGUGGUAUGAAACAUCUAAAGAAAAAGAAUUUGUGGGAGAAGAUGAAGGGAAAACCUGGCAAUGGUUCUCUUGGUGGCAUGGUCAAACCUGGGUUGGAGCUUGGCCCACCUUCUGCUGAAGGGUUAAGACCACUUCCAGGGCGUCUCUUACCACCUGCUGCUUUUAGGGAAGACAGCAAUAAAGGUCCUCAGGAACGUGAUCGCUCGGGGCGUCAUGAGCAUGAUCACCUCGAAAGCCAAAAACAUGACCACUUUGGCUGUCAAAGACAAAACUUCCCAGAAUAUCAAAAUCGUAACUACCCGGGACGUCAAGAGGGUAAUUUUCCAGGAGGCCAAAACCAUGACUACAAGAGACAGGAGUUCCAGGGAUGUGAAGAAAAGAUGAAUCAAAAUGAACAAAAGGGAUAUAGCAGAAGAGCUGAACCCUUGAUAAGGAGUGAGGUAAACUUCUCCAGACCUCCACCGAUGGUAGCACCUCUUCCGAUGUUAGCACCUCCCCAGAUGGUAGCACCUCCCCCGACGUUUGCACCACCCCCGAUGUUAGCACCACCCCCGAUGUUUGCACCACCCCGUGAACACCUCUCAGGAGAAACUGCUGGACCACUGCUUAAGAAACUGGCUGAGAGCGCUGUGAUUCACCAAGAUGAUGCAAAUGUUGCCACAGAUGUUAUCUCUAUGCUUCUGGAGUCACUUAAAGAAUUCCAUGAAAAACAUAGGACCCCCAGCACCGUUCAUCUGAUCUCGGAGGCUGAGCUAAAGUUCAAUAUAGUGGUGGAACUUGAGAAGGCAGCUCAGCUAGGGAGGGCCAACUCCAAUAGAGGUCAUCCACACAAUAAACCAGACAUGAGGGAUAAGAGUAACAAGAGUGAACUAGUUGACUCCAGUAAAGGUGAGUCUGACUCAGCCCAAGAGAGUCUACCAAACACUAACUCCAAGAAGAGCGAGUCGCCGCAGAGUUACGGCUCUGCCGCGCACAGUUAUAACCCUACGUCGAAGAGUGACAUCUCCGCUGCGCCGGAUUAUACGUCCCCAACAAAGAACUACGGCUCUGCCACGUUAAGUCCUGCCUCUGCAACACCAAGUUACACCUCUUCCCCCCCAGACUACUCCACUGCACCCCCAAAUUACAACCCAGCAGCACAGGGAUACAGCUCAGCAGCCAGUUACAGCUCAACAGGUUACAACUCUGCACCACAUGGUUACAACCCAGCAGCAGCAGGUUACAGUGCAGCACCACCCAAUUUCAACCCAGCUAUGCACACUUUCAACCCUGCUGCAGGUUUCUUUAACUACCCUCCAGGGAGUGGACAGAGUUUGUUUAGUGCUCCUCCACCACCACCUCCUCCACCAGCAACAUCAUUAUCAACAUUUGGAUACAAUCAGUAGCUUGAUACUUGUCUAGUUGUUCACUAAUACAGUGUAAGUUGCUUUAGGAAAAUAAGUCAAGUUUUUAUUCCUUUUUGUAUGUCAAUCUUUUAGUUUUCUGUCACUUGAUGACCAGAUUCACAUAGAAAUGAAUGGUACUGUACAAUUAUUACCAGAUAUUAAUUGUAUGUGUUAUUAAUGAAUAAACCAUUCAUUUGAAAUAGAGUU